AUGUCUGAACGCGUUGCCUCUACCGAGGAGCGCGAUCCUGGCUCUCGCGCACCUACCAGACAGAAUGAGACACAGGCACUCAAGGUGAAAACCAAACUCAUACACUUCAUCCGGCAUAGGGAGAUGAUCACCGACAAGUACACGGAGGAGAUGCCUUCCGUUCCGCGGACGUUGAAAUACUACGAUGCUGAAGGCUACCAGUCUAUUUACCUACCUGAACAUGUACCCGCUGAAUCGUCUUACGUGAACCCUCCGCCGGCUCCGAACUAUGAACGGCUGGAAUUCGAAGGAGCAGGCGUACCGCCCGCCAACAAGCCAUACGACCCGUCUCUCGAGGCGGCCAUCCGCGAUCUGGAGAAGACGAAACCUUCCGUCAACAGGGACGCGACUCUCGAAUUCUUGCGUCGAGAACUGGUCCUUCGAGAGCCGAAGCCCGACCGCCAACCCGCUCCUGUGGCUGACCCGCUCAGAACUUCCAGAGAGCUCAGAGAGAAGACGCUUCAGUCCACUCUGCGCGACAGACGAGGUGUCGCACUCGAUGAGGAGAGCGGAUGGAUGGACUUUGGGGAUCUGCAGCCUAACUCGACGAUGGUACUGAAGGCGGCGGCUCAUCUUGAGAGAGGUAUUUCUCCUAACCACUUGCUGAGAGGACCUCGUCGGUAUUCUGACGGGUCCACUGACGAGUUCAUCUGGCCUUCCGAGCACGAUCGUGUCUUCCCUACAUUCUCCUCUGUUGAUAGUCAUUCGGAAGAGUCAUCAGACUUGCCCACCUCUCCUUUCCCUCCCACUCAGUUUGGAACGCAGUUGAUAUCGCUCUCGGAGGCAAACAGGCGUUUUGAGGCCUCCAAGGAAUUCCUCGAUCCUUUGACCUCUACUCGUUUUGAAUUCCCACCCACUCGUUUUGCGACUUCGUUGAUCUCACUUGAUGAGGCUAGACAGCGAUUUGCGAACGGGGAGAGCAGUCCACCCAUUGCCUCGUUCUCGCCCGGUCGUCGUGCUCUACCCCUUAUGAUCGCUUCAGGAUCAACGUCAAGUCUACCUACCGAUCUCCCUGAAGUCUAUACGCCCUCCAUCGCGGAAGCAACCCUCGCCACUACGAUCUCCGAAAUGCCACGCAGCGCAUCGACCGCGAAGAGCAUCGACCGCAGAAGUCAAUCCUCCUUGUCCAUUCUGGACAUCUCUUCCGCUUGUGAGGGAGAAGAGGACUUUGUUCGAGCUCACACGCAAUCUUCCGAUAACCUGGUGGAAGACCCAGCCUCGCCGAGCAUGCAUUCUCCCUCUUCCGGCUCGACACAUCUCUUGCCCGAGUCAGACGACGUACUCGAUAUCUCCGCUGAUGGGCUAGUCCAAACCAUCAUGAACAAUGCGGUGGAUACGGCCCCAGUGGAUACGACUGAAGACGAAGAAUUGGAAGGCGCAUGGGAGGCUGAACUGCCUAGACGUCAAGGACGGCGCGGAGCGGUCGAUUUUGACUCGCAUCCUCGGUUGGUAGACCUCCUCAUCUCACGACUCGCAGACUCCCUCUUGAAUAACGAUGGCAGUGGGGAAUCCUGA